CCUGCUGCCCCUUUGAAUGUUUUUCUAAGCCUCAGAAAAAAAGAAGAAGCUUAUCUCAAAAGAGGCAAUAAUGAUUUCACGUGGCUCAACUUCAAUGCUCAACUUAUACAGUUUAUCAACCACCACCCCAAAGCUCCUCUCUCGUUUAAGCCGCUCCUCUUUCCUCUCUACUUCCACGCCAUCUCCUCCAAUACGUUUAAUUUGGCUCAAUCAAUCCUACAGGUGCCGAACCAGGGCCUUCAGCAGCGCAGCCGUUGUUGUCUCUUCUCCAAAGCAAACCGGGGGAGAUACCUUCUUUGCUGAAGAGACUGUUUCCUGGAAGUCUUUAGGCCUAUCUGAUCGGAUCUCACAAGCUCUAUCUAAUGCAGGUUUCGAUAGACCUUCCCUCGUUCAGGCUGCCUGCAUGCCGUCUAUACUCUCUGGAAAAGAUGUUGUAAUUGCUGCGGAAACUGGUAGUGGUAAAACAUAUGGUUAUCUGGUUCCCCUGAUUGAUAAGCUUUGUAGUGCUCAGCAUGAUGGGGAUAAUGAUUCGGAUAAACCUACUGCUCCUUCGCGUAGUUUAUCUGUUGUUCUUUGCCCAAAUGUAUUGCUCUGCGAACAAGUGGUUCGAAUGGCUAAUGAUCUUUCAGGUGAUGAUGGCAAACCACUUCUCAGAGUUGCAGUGGUGUGUGGUCGACAGGGGUGGCCAGUUAAUGAACCGGAUGUUAUUGUGUCAACACCAGUUGCUCUUUUGAACAAUAUAGACCUAAAAAAACAUCAUCAUUCUGAUUUCAUUCGUGCUGUAAAGUAUGUGGUUUUUGAUGAAGCAGAUAUGCUUCUUUGUGGUGGCUUUGAGAAUCAUGUUAUCCGUCUUAUACACAUGUUCCGUUUUGAUGAAAAGCUGUUGUCUCGGAUGAGUAAAUCUGGACUUGAGAAUUCCGUAGAACUGACUUCUGAUUCUGUAUCACACUUUGACUUCGAGGGUGAGGAAGACAUACAAAACGAAUCCAUCUCUGAUGCUGAGGACCUGACAGAAGGAACUCAAACUUCAUCCGUCGAGAAAAAGGACUGGAGGAGAGUGAGAAAAUAUUAUGUACGAAGUAAGCAGUACAUAUUUGUUGCUGCAACCCUUCCAGUUAAUGGAAAGAAAACUGCUGGUGCUGUGUUGAAAAAGAUGUUUCCAGAUGCCAACUGGGUUAGUGGAAGUUACCUCCAUCAACACAAUCCUAGAUUGAAGGAGAAAUGGGUUGAAGUCACAACUGACACUCAGGUUGAUGCACUAAUAGAGGCUGUAAAGCAAUUUGACUCAAAAUCAUUGGAUCAUGGUGCUGGUGUUAGCCGAACCAUGGUGUUUGGUAACACUGUCGAGGCUGUUGAAGCAGUGGCUAAUAUACUGCAGAGGGCUGAAAUUGUGUGUUACCGUUACCAUAAGGGCCUCUCCCUGGAAGAACGUGCUGAAUCCUUAGAUGGUUUCCGAGAUAAAGGCGGAAUUUUUGUGUGCACAGAUGCUGCUGCUCGUGGUGUUGACAUUCCAAAUGUUUCGCAUGUCAUCCAGGCAGACUUCGCCACUUCUGCGGUAGAUUUCUUGCAUAGGGUUGGUCGAACUGCACGGGCUGGUCAAUUUGGAGUUGUUACUAGCCUCUACAAUGAAUCCAACCGAGACCUUGUUAAUUCAAUACGCGCAGCUGGGAAGCUGGGGCAGCCUGUGGAAUCGGCAUUCAGCCGGAAAAGGAGUUUCCGGAACAAACUUAAGAAGAGAGGUUACAACACCAGAGACGCACCAACUGCUGAAUUGAUGGUGUAAGAAACAUGGUACACAAAGGACAAUAGUUAUUGGUUCUGUUAAAUACCAAGUUUGUUCUUACCGGAAGGAGAGGAUUAUUGAUUCUGUGUCUCAUUCCGUUUUAGGCUGUUACGAAUAAGUUCCAUAAUUCCGGCCGCUGAAGAUGUUCUAAAGGGACCAAUGAGUGUAUCAUCUUUUAAGAAUUCGUUUUCCGUUUCGGUAAUGCAUUCUCAUCUACCAUGGCUUACAGUUGAAUGUAUUGAAGCCUCCAACUGUUACCUUGGAAUGUAAAUUGCACCGUGACAAGUUAUAGGAACCCGCAUACUAAACUUUUAUAUUUGAUCAUGC